AUGGGAAUAGUUUUAGCUGUAGGAUUUGAUGAUAUGGGAGCAUUAGACUCGCUCUGGGUUCUGCACCAGAGAGGGAAACUGAGUAUGACUUUCCAGGACGUUAUCGUCAAUAGCACGGUAUUAAAGAAGCUAAAAACAACCAAGAUUGUACUCAGAUCUAAAAUCUUGGAAUCUGAAUACAAAAACUGUACAAACGAACUGUUAAGUAGAAAACUUCAAAUUCAUUCCAUUUGUGAAAGCGAAAAACAAAAACAAAUAAAAAAAGACAUACGCAAGAAAAUUAAUAAUGGACAAGAAUUAAUGAAACCGGAAGCUCCGCUCAAAAUUGUGAUUCAUCCCGUCUGGGCAAGAAAGAUACUUCCUCGGGAGCAGUCAUUAUUCCGUGGACUUGUGUGCGUACUUCCACUUGCCGUUGAAGCUCUCAAAGACAUCGACUUCAUGCUUGAUGAAUAUAUUAACGAUUUUGUAUUGUAAUAUGUUUUUAUUUCAUGUCAUUAGUCCGUCC